GAUUUGGAUGUGGAACAGACGGGAGACCACAACAUUGACGCAAACAACGAUGAAACUUUUGGGGUGGAUGUUGAUGACGAAGUUGUGGACGACGACUUGGAGCAAUAUGCUAAACAGGUUUUUUUUAUCAUACAGUUCCCAGGCAAAUAUUUUCCUUCACUAUUCAUUUUCACUAUUCAUUUUGGUUGGGUAUUUUUUCAUUCUAACGCGUUUCCGUGCUAA